CAUAUUACUAAAGAAAACUUGGUUCAUUUCGGAGGCAGUAGCAAUGGACGAGGAUCAGACAGAAGAGGAGACUGCGUUCGUCGUUGAUGAAGUGAGCAAAAUAAUAAAAGAGUCAGUGGAAGCCACCAUAGGAGCAAAUGCCUACCAGCACAGCCGAGUGAACCAGUGGACCACCAGCGUAGUGGAGCAGUGCCUCAGUCAACUCAGCAAGCUGGGGAAGCCUUUCAAAUAUAUUGUUACCUGUAUCAUCAUGCAGAAAAACGGAACAGGUCUGCAAACAGCGAGCACAUGCUUCUGGGACAACUCUACAGAUGGAAGCUGUGCGGUGAGAUGGGAGAACAAGUCCAUGUACUGCAUCGUCAGUGUUUUUGGGCUGGCCAUCUGAACCAAAUACAAUGCUGUACCUGUGUGUUUGAAAUGUUUGGGCUUUUAUAUAUUUUUCAGAACCAGCCUGUUAUGUUCGGACAUGCUGGCAAUAUUUGAAUGACAUCUUGUGUUUUUAUAUAAGUGCAAUUAAUUAAAACAAUACUGUGCUGUAUAUACACUUUGCUUUAUUUACAUGUGACAUGAAAUGUACAGCUUUUAUCUCCUGAAGCGACACAAAUUGCAAAAACAUCAGAACCCACAAUAUCACUUAAUCACCUUGAAUCAAAAAUGUACAUUUAUGUCAAAGCAUUUACAAAUUCAAGACUGCAGAACAUUUUUUGAAGAAAUGUAAAGACAAGGCACCAUCUUGAUUAGAAUACAUAUUGAGAGAUUAGUUUUAAAGUAUAUAAAACUAAGCAAUGUUAGGAAAGCUAAUAUAUUUGGCCAAUACUGUAACUACUGUACAUGCUGGGAUAAGAAAUGUUCAUGAUAAAUCAGUAGCCAAUUUACAUAAAGUGGUGUAAAAUCCACACAAUUCAUCAAACACCAUUCAUCCAGGGAGUCAGAUAAUACAGUAUCAAUGUCCUAA